AGGGCGCGAGAGGGGUCAGCGGGUUCUGGGGCCGCGCCCUCUGUCCCCUCUCGGACCCCGGCCCUGGAGCAGGGCCUGUCGGGAGUUGUAGUCCCAAGGCAAAUGCCGAGCGCCGCUCUGAGGAUGGGGGGGCCCGCCUGUCCCCGCCUCCCGGUUAACCUGCUAGCUCGAGGUGGGGAGUGCUGGGGAGGAGCCGUCUGAUCCGUGAUUGGCGGAGGCCUCUCCCAGCCCCCACCGGCCUCCCCUCCCCCGCUCGCCACUUCGGACUCCAGCGCCAGGCGCGCUAAGGCGGCCACCGAGCGAGCGCGCUUGCAGCCGCCGCCGCCCUGAGCACCCGCAGCUCCCGCAUCGUGGCGAGACAGAGAGACGGACCGACCGACGGAUCCUCGCAGUCGCAGCAUCCCGGAGGAGAACAUGCUUGCCAAUUCAGCCAGCGUGCGGAUUCUCAUCAAAGGAGGCAAAGUGGUGAACGAUGACUGCACCCACGAGGCUGAUGUCUACAUCGAGAAUGGCAUCAUCCAGCAGGUGGGCCGUGAACUCAUGAUCCCCGGAGGUGCCAAGGUGAUUGACGCCACUGGGAAGCUGGUGAUCCCCGGGGGCAUUGACACCAGCACCCACUUUCACCAGACCUUCAUGAACGCCACAUGUGUGGAUGACUUCUACCAUGGGACCAAGGCUGCCCUCGUUGGAGGCACCACGAUGAUCAUUGGCCACGUCCUGCCUGACAAGGAGACCUCCCUGGUGGAUGCCUAUGAGAAGUGCCGGGGCCUGGCCGACCCCAAGGUCUGCUGUGACUACGCCCUCCACGUGGGGAUCACGUGGUGGGCACCCAAGGUGAAAGCAGAAAUGGAGACGCUAGUGAGGGAGAAGGGCGUCAACUCGUUCCAGAUGUUCAUGACCUACAAGGACUUGUACAUGCUUCGGGACAGUGAGCUGUACCAAGUGUUUCACGCCUGUAAGGACAUUGGGGCGAUCGCCAGAGUCCAUGCUGAAAAUGGGGAGCUCGUGGCCGAGGGUGCUAAGGAGGCACUGGAUUUGGGUAUCACAGGCCCAGAAGGAAUCGAGAUCAGCCGUCCAGAGGAGCUAGAAGCCGAAGCCACUCACCGUGUUAUCACCAUUGCGAACAGGACUCACUGUCCCAUCUACCUGGUCAAUGUGUCCAGCAUCUCAGCUGGUGACGUCAUCGCCGCUGCUAAGAUGCAAGGGAAGGUGGUGCUGGCCGAGACCACCACUGCACACGCCACGCUGACAGGCUUGCACUACUACCACCAGGACUGGUCCCACGCGGCCGCCUACGUCACGGUGCCACCCCUGAGAUUGGACACCAACACCUCAACCUACCUCAUGAGCCUGCUGGCCAAUGACACUCUGAACAUCGUGGCAUCUGAUCACCGGCCGUUCACCACGAAGCAGAAAGCCAUGGGCAAAGAGGAUUUCACCAAGAUCCCACAUGGAGUGAGCGGCGUGCAGGACCGCAUGAGCGUCAUCUGGGAGAGAGGCGUGGUUGGAGGGAAGAUGGAUGAGAACCGUUUCGUGGCAGUGACCAGUUCCAAUGCAGCGAAGAUUCUCAACCUGUACCCCCGCAAGGGUCGCAUCAUCCCUGGAGCCGAUGCCGAUGUGGUGGUGUGGGACCCAGAAGCCACAAAGACUAUCUCAGCCAGCACCCAGGUUCAGGGAGGCGACUUCAACCUCUACGAGAAUAUGCGCUGCCACGGCGUGCCGCUGGUCACCAUCAGCCGGGGCCGUGUUGUGUACGAGAACGGCGUCUUCAUGUGUGCCGAGGGCACUGGCAAGUUCUGUCCCCUGAGGUCCUUCCCAGACACUGUCUACAAGAAGCUGGUCCAGAGAGAGAAGACCUUGAAGGUGAAGGGAGUGGAUCGUACUCCCUACCUGGGGGAUGUCGCUGUGGUUGUGAAUCCUGGGAAAAAAGAGAUGGGAACUCCACUUGCAGACACUCCUACCCGGCCUGUCACCCGACACGGGGGCAUGCGGGACCUUCACGAAUCCAGCUUCAGCCUGUCUGGGUCUCAGAUCGACGACCACGUUCCAAAGCGAGCUUCAGCUCGGAUCCUCGCUCCUCCCGGCGGCAGGUCAAGCGGCAUUUGGUAAAGGCACUGACCAGCUCCCUCCGAGUGAGGAUGCACCGCUGCCUCCAGCCCACACACCCUCCGGCCGCAGCUGCAGGGGGCGGGAGAGGCUGGGCUGGGCAGCACACCACCAAGGGGGGACCCAGGACCCGGGAGCCCUCCCCUGUCGGAAACGUGAUUCACUGUGCUUCGAGCCAACCCUAACAGGCACUUUGAGACGUGUUCUCCUGCUCUCGUCCUUUCCUGCCUUGGCCUCGGCGGGCUUUUCUGGGGCCCAGGAAGCCCACACUAUGCACAGAGCCCGAUGCAUAGAGCCUGGCCCAGCCCCUCCCUCACCUGCCUCCACGGGCUGGCUCUGCAGAAGCCCUGGCUUCAGUGCCCUGCCCUGGCUGACCGGCCAGUUCUCCAGCGCACUUUAGCAGAUGCGAUUUAAGAGUACAGGCCUCCCUUCCCCACUCUCCUCGGCCCCAUGGUGACAUUUCCCGAGUCAGACAGGUGUCAGCUUCCCGCCAUGCCCAGGAUGUCCCUGUGAGGGUGUGGUUGGGACACCUGGGUGUGGGAGUGGUCAGGACAUUCUGUGCCCUUUGCCAGCUUCUUUCUGCUCCCCAGCCACCCCCCUCCCCAGCGGUCAUGGGCCCAGGAGGGUAGCCGGGUGGGCACAAGACUGGUGCCAGGCGCGUGUAAAUGGUUUUGUUUUGCACGUUUGGUUUGCGCAGUGGUUUGGUUUGACUUGUUUGUGCAUCCUGUGAAAGUGACGGUGCUUCGUGUCCCUAGCAUAGCAUAGAAACCGGAUAGACAUGGUCCUUAGGAGAUGCUGCACUCGAACCAACCAGACGGCACAGGGCAGAGACGGGAGGGGCGGGCUGUGGUCCUCCUGGCCCAUGCCCUCCUCUCCCCUCCCCUCCUAGUCCAAGUUCCUCCAUUCUGAGUGGUUGCCUGGGACGCCAGCCCUGGAGACUUUCAGGCAGCAGGUGGCCUUUCCCAUCUCUGCCUCUGGUCACUUCCAGCACUGAGCCCCACCCCCAAGCCCCUGUGCGUGCAUGCACACACGCACACAGCUUCCUGUAGCUGCCCUGCUGACAGAAGCCCAGCCGCUCCUCCUGUGUGAUUGGCAAGAGGCCUCAUGCCUGCUGAGAGAGGGGGAGUGGACAGGGGCUGCAGGAUGCCAGGGAGGGAGACUACAGGCCCGCAAGACCUGGCCAGAGAACCCACACUGCUGCAAGGGUGCCCUGGACUCCCGCAGUCAGCACCAAGCCCUCACCGGCUUGUGGCCUUGUCUCCUCUCACGUCCAGCUGACCCUCCCUGCCUCGGAAGCUCCACAGAGGUUCCCAUGGAAACACUGGAGCCUGGGUGAGCUCCGCCCACUCCUUGUGGUCUGGGGAGUGACCCAGCUGUCUGCUCUUGUUAAGCCUCGCCUCUCCCUUGGGGAAGCAAUUUCACACUGCAUAUUUGGUGUGAGCACCCCAGGCGUGCACGGGGUCCCUGCCCUGCACAUUCCCACAGGGCUUUUCCUACUUUCGAAGUACUUUCAGAAAUGAGCUCUCAUUUGCUCGUCCCGGCAGUGGGGCGUGUUAUUCUCCCCACUUUACAGAGGCUGAGGCCUGCAAGUGUAAGCCCUCCGACUCCAGAUAUGUCCAUAACCACCCUUACAGCUUGGCUGUCGACCCGAGCUGGAGAGAGGGGGCAGGGGUGGCAGCUCUUGGAGAGGCCACCUGAGUUUAACCAACUAGACGCCGUACCCCGCUGCUAGGCACCGUGCUCUGCUGUGCCCGGGUGGAUUUUUCUCCUCUCCACAGUCAGCAUAGUGCCUGUUCACUGUGUGCGCUGGGACGGGUCAAGCACCAGGAAUUACGCCACAUCCACAUCCGCCUCCUCACCUCACUCCCUGCCUUCCCAUUGUGCUCCCUCUGGGCUGAGAAGACAGAGUUGAAAGCCUAGGAAGCAAAGGCAGCAAAGGGACUCAUGGAGAGUGGCAGCCAUGGGGACAGUAGCUGGGACCCGGGCCUGGGAAAGCCACCCUGGAUCAUGGAAACCAUGACACUGACCCCUGGUUCAAUGCACAUCAUCUUAUCCCUUUCAGCCCUUGCUGGGCCAUGGGCCUUAGGCAGAUGCCAAAGAGCCAAGCAGUGGUGGGAGCCAGCGGCAGAGCAUCCCUGCUUGCGCUAGGAAAGCUUUACCUUCUCUGAGUGCCUCCGCCCGAGGGAUGCACGGCCACAGCCCCGACACAGGGCUGCCCAUGCCAGUGGGAGGACAGAUCUUGGCGUGGCCCACUGGAGCCUUCCACUUCACCCCCAAUCCUCACAUAGACCCCACCCUUACCCAGGAGCUCUAGACGGAAAUCGAAGGAGGUUCAAGGAGCCCAAGGAAUGCUCAGCCCCCCACCACCCACGGCUUGCCCCGUGCAGCGCUCCAGCCAGCUCCACCACGGCCCCCAGCUCCUGGCUGGAAAGCAAAGGGUCUCUGGUUGCACUGAACGCAGCUCUCACACUGGUCUUGUACUUACUGAAUAAAUUCUGUUGUUCUUGCCUUAGCUGCUCUCUAGGUUUGUGGGGUUAAGUUUCCAGAAAAUUGUGCUACUGUGUGUGCGUGCGUGUGCGUGUGUGUAGUGCUAGGAAUUCACAGUAGGUCUCUGUCGAGCCGAUGCUGUGAUGAGGGCUUUUCCAACACCGACCCAGAAACCACAGAACCACGGGGAAACUCAAACCCGCUCCGGCUGCGGAGGCGGCAGGCACAGCCUGGGGUCAGGAUGGAGCCUCCAGCGCCCCAGCACCCAAGUGACUUCCUCACGCCUCUGUACAUGUCAUGGUGCUAAGAUUGUGUCAACCCCAAGAUGACACAUGGUCCUGUGCUUUGGCCACCCAUUUGAGGCAAAAACAGAACAGCCCAACACAUUGUGUUCUGGUGCAGGUUUGUAUUAAACUGUAGCUACUUCUCACCUGGUCUCCGUUGUGUUUCUUCGAGGAGAGGCAGUAGCUGGUGUGAGGCCUUGGUUGCUAAGAAUACUUGGCUUGGACCCAUCAUUCCCAUUAUGUGGCAGCUCAUUGGAAGCCUUGGCUGAGUCUGAAGAGUAAAAGAAAGUUGGGGGAGGGACCAGCAGAUG